UGACGUAUGGCCGAGCGUGUUGAGCGCAUUUCGUUGCCUUCCACACCAAGUUAUCAAGUUCUUCUUUUCUCCUUCUUAGUUUCCUCAGACUUGCUGCUCACUGUCGUCCAGUCGAUGAGCAACACUCCACCUGCAGAAUCUUCCCAACGCUCACUUCCAAUCGAGUCACCAUCAAAGCCGACCGCUAGUUCCGCCGCAACACCCAUAGCUGUACCUUUCCCCUCUGGAACACGUUCGACAUCCCGGCGUUCUACUAGGUCGGCAUCCACGUAUUCCACUUCGUCUCAGCAGGCAUCUAGGUCAAACCCAUCUUGGAGAACUCUUUCGAUAUCGAAGGGAGGUCAGGUACAGAGUGGUGUGUCACUCGUAGUAGCUGAGCCUCAGUUAGAGGGUUCCGGGGAAAGGCAAUCAGAGGUAGCCUUGACCGUCGCUUCAAGUGGCAAAGGACCUUCCAAGCGCUCUCGGUUACCUUCUGUUUUCAUGAAGAGAAGAACCAGCAAUUUGGAGGACAUGUAUGAGGAAAAUGGAAGACGAGAAUCUACGCGUAUUCCAAAUGAAGUGGACAAAGACUCGAACAACAAUGUCCCGAUCGCAUUGGACCCACCGGCAGGCCAGAAAGAGGCGAAGGAGAUGAGUUCUGCUUCCAUCACCAGCAAAUCUCAGGACAAUGUGGAUGGAAGAAAUGAUAACGGAACAAAGUCUAAUCCUGGAGAUUCCUUUAACGCCAUCAGUACUGACAAUGAUAUGAAUAUUUCUUCAGCCCCUCCACCAAUAGAACAGCAAGAGACAAGAGAUACUGGGAAAGAUGCACCUAUAUCAGACCCACACAACACGCCGAGGCCACCCUCGUCUGCCCCAUCUUGGUUUGCGUCUUUUGGGAGAUCGAGAAUAAAAGAAGCCAAUACAAACGUUUCUUCAUCUAAAGAAGCUCUCAAAGAGGAUUCGGUCGCUUUAACGAACGUUACUACAACAAAGGUGGAACCCAGCAGUCUCCCUACACGCACAGUAAUUUCGGCAAUUGCUCCACCUCAUCCGUCCACCACCAUUCCAUUUCCGUCGAAUAGUGAACCUACGCCCCUCGCUUCACGCGCUCAAUGGCCCCGGCUUACCUCGACUUCACCCAGCUCUCCAUCUCCUUUACACGCUUCCAGUCUUCCUACCGACUUUUCAGAUGACGAGUGCGAACUUCCUCCCCGUCUGCGUCGUCAGGAAACUGAUUUAUCUGCCGCGUCGACCUCGAGCUUCCCAUCCUCUAUUGACGAAGAGUGUGUUCCGAGUUUGGCCAGGACCCCGGAUGAGGAACACAAUCCUCUUACGGGCCUGAACGAUAGUGAAGGCACUGUAAGAGCGAGGCUCAGCUCACUCAAUCCAGGCUCGAGUAGGUUUUCGAUUGCUCUUCCGUUGCUUGGCAGACAAAAGGUUAGACGGGAGGAUAUCAUUGCCAGGUUUGAUGACCGGAAGACUUUGACCGAAAGCGUGAAUGUCGAUUUUCACAACGACACCGACAAUGUCUCCACCGAAGCUGACGCAUCGAAUAUAUCGGUGGGUACAGCCACCCCGGAUGCAACCCCUGCCACUGCCGAUUUGAGCUCUCGUAACCCAGCAACAACUGAGUUCAAGUCCGGGAUUGGAGCACAUGUGACUGCAUCUCAGUGGGAAGGUUUACCUACUACGGAUACCAAUAAUGCUCCUGCUGCUGCCGCUGCGAGGCACUCAUGGUGGGAUUAUAUUGGUUGGGUAGACAGCAAUGCCCCCAGCAGUACUGCUGAUACCCGGAAUGCGAACACUAAAACUGAAGAGCCUGGGACAAUACACGAAUCACAACCUACUCCUAAAGUGAACAUGGAAACUAAUAUUGAAACAAAGGAGCCAGAACCGAAGGUCGCUGAAUUCGUGGAGACUGGAGGAGAUGAUACUCGGAAGGAAGACACGGCUGAUGACCGCAAGACGACAAUUAAAUUGCCUCAGUCACCAAACAAAGCCGUAUUCACACCUGGUUCGAGUUCGGGAUCAUGGUUUGGAUGGGGCGGGACCACAUCUACCUCCGAUAGUAAUUCUAAAGCCAUGAGUCAAUCACAACCUCAAACAGAAAUCCUGUCCGAAGCUUCUUCCACUUCCGCUUCCGCAACUGCACCUGAACAGGGACCCGAUUCUUCCUCUUCCCUUUCCCCACCAGGUAUCGUCGCCACGCUAUCUAAUGAGUCCCAGGCGACGAUAAGACCUGGCGCAGCAACGCAGAAUCUGGCUAAGAAACCGACAUCGGUGUUUUCAUCCGAUACUGUGGGAGCUAAGAGUGGUUCUUGGUUCGCUCCGUGGAGUUGGGGCGCUACUGGUUCAGCAUCAAACGAUGCUACGAGUGGAGCCGGAGAAGCAGAAGGAGGUGCAAGUGGACAGCAGACGAUGACCGAGUCGGAGAAGGUUAAGGAGGAGGCGUUGGCAAGGCAGCGAGAACUGGAUGAGCAGAGGGAGAAGGAGAGGGAGAGUGAGGAGAGGGAAGAGAAGAAGAGGCGUGAAAGAGAGCAAGCGUCUGCGGAUAGCAAUCCACUCAACUCUGCCAUCACGAGCAGGUAUAGUUCGGGUUGGGCGUCGAUCUUUGGAACUGUUAGUAAGAGGACUAAGAUGAUUACGGAAAACGGUGAGCCGGUGAAAAGAGAUGGGAAUGGGAUGGAAGUCAUGGAUCUGGACCUGGAUGAGAAUGAUGGACUAGGUCAGGAGGUGGCGAAGGUUGAAGAAGAGAAUGUGAUUGCGAAACAUAAGGACCUUGAGAGAGUCAAGGCAUUGGACGGGAGUGCAGGUGGUGGCAGCAAGCCAGCGUCUAUCAAGUCGGCUCCAGUUGAAACGUCCGCAAGUUCCGGCGAGCAGAAGGACAAGGAUGAUACCAAAGGGAAGAAGAGAGUCAAAGGCGCACCCCCUAUGAUAACUGUCUCGGACGACGUACGACGGGAAAGCGAAUCGUUGCUCUCUUCGUCGUCGCAGGGGAACAAGAGUAAGAAACCUAGUCCUACGCCCUCUAUCAAAUCUGCCCCUCCUCCUAUAACCUCAUCGCCAACGAAGAUAUCGACAUCACCGCAUUCGCCGAGCUCACCACAUCCCCCACGGCCACCCAACCUAGUGCUGCCCACAUGGGUGGAUACAUUCCAUACACCUCCCAGAAGUGUUAUCCCGCCUUCGGCUCGGAGCGUUGAUGAUCGCGGAGACGGUGUGGUCAGUCGACUAGGGAGAGUCGGAAAAUGGUUGCUGGGCGGAGAUGGAGGUGGAAGUGGAAGUGGACGUGCAAGUACAAGUGAGAGAAGGAACACUUCUGUGCAUCAACCACACCGUAGAAGCGAUGGAUUGGCAUGGGAAGAAUGGGGUAAAAGUUUUCCCCGAGCAUUGGAUGUACUUGAAGGUAGAGGUCCACCCUUUGAGGAGCCGCCUUUACUGAAAAAGCUGGCUUGGAAUGUUGUCGGAGGUAGAGAGAAGGAGAGCGAUGGUAAUCCGGGUGAACAAAUGAGCCAUGGGAUUGCUGGGAAAGGAGCCGGAGGGGUCGGUAAAGAAGGGCAGAGUGCUGAGGGUCACGUUGGAGAUGUGUUACGAGGGUGUAAGAACGUUGUGGUCAUAGGAAUACAUGGAUGGUUUCCUGGUGCCGUUACGAGGACUAUGCUUGGAGAGCCCACUGGAACGAGUCUAAAGUUUGUCAACAUGAUGGUACAAGCCGUGGAGGAAUUCCAGAAUGUCCAUAAUGUCAAGCUUGAGAAGAUUACGAAGAUUCCACUGGAAGGCGAAGGGACUAUAAACCAGCGAGUGGACAAACUGUAUAAGAGCUUGCUCUCAAACAAGGAAUGGAUGUCAGACCUUCACAAUGCAGACGCCAUUUUCGUAGCCACCCAUUCUCAGGGAUCCGUUGUUUCUACUCAUUUGUUGGAUCGACUGAUCAGGGAUCGACACAUACGAACGGCGAAGAACGCGGCGGGAACGGAGGUCUUAGCAGAUCUGGGUGUCAACAUGAUCCCAUUGAAGCCUCAGAGAGUCUGUUGCUUGGCGCUUUGUGGGAUACAUCUGGGACCCCUGAGGUACUUGAGCUCGAGUGCGCUCGUGCAGCCGUUCAUUCAGUAUUUCGAGUCGACUGCUGCACGGGAGUUGUUCGAAUUUCAGAACACGGAGAGCGAAGUGUCAAAGUCGUACGUCAAUGCAUUGGAAAACGUUCUUUACAACGGAACAAAGAUCGUAUACGUUGCCUCGAUGGACGAUCAAGUGGUGCCGAUAUACUCUGGGUUGUUCACAUCUGCCACGCACCCCCUGAUUCUGAGGGCUCUUUACAUAGAUGGCGACGCUUAUAGUUCCUCUGAUUUCCUAUCUAACCUUCUUGUUCUAUUACUUCGAGUCAGGAACUGUGGGCUGCCCGACAGUGGGCUCUUAGCACACCUGUCGGAUGUGACGGCAGGAACGUUGAGUGGAGUCGGACACUCAACCGCGUAUGAGGAGCUAUCGAAUUACGCACUUGCUGUCAAUUACCUUUUCCUGACUAACGAUGGGUUGGAAGAGCACCCGAAGCUGCAUGUAGAGCCUUUCAAUGCUAAUUCAGAGCAAAAUGAUUAUGAGAUACCUUGGGCAUUACGAGAUCUGAUUGCAGAUGACCGCGAAUGGCACCCCAAGACGACGGUGUUAAAGGACGUCAAACGGAAAUUGCAGCCGAUUCAGAGGCUUCCAUCGACUUUUUUUUCUACAUCUGUUAUCACUACAACUACCAAUCCCAGUUCGGUCAGUAAAUUGUAGAUCAUAGCUUUCUUCUUUCCGUGCUCUAUUCGUCAUAAUAUGGAAUUCUGGGGUAUUCGUCGACACAACACUGUAGCGUUACAUCCAUUUCUAUUUUUAUUGUUACCACACACUACACAGACAUAACCUAUUCGAUAUCUGUAUAGAUCCAUACAAACAUAUACAGUCAUGAUACUCACA